AUGAAAGCAAAAGGUAAUCUUCGUGAAUAUCGUAUAAUCGGUCGUAAACUUCCAUCACCAACAUUAAAAAAGCCACCACUCUACGAAAUGCAUAUUUAUGCACCUGAUGAAGUUCAAGCUAAAUCACGCUUUUGGUUUUUUUUACGUCAGCUUAAACGUGUAAAAAAAAGUGCUGGUGAAAUUGUCGAAUGUAAAGUAAUCAAUGAACGUAAACCAUUAACUGUUAAAAAUUUCGGUAUUUGGCUUCGUUAUGAUUCACGUUCAGGUACGCAUAAUAUGUAUCGUGAAUAUCGGGAUUUAACCAGAGCAUUAGCUGUUACACAAUGUUAUCGAGACAUGGGAGCUAAACAUCGAGCAAGACCAUCAACUAUUCAAAUUAUGAAAAUAAAACGUUUACCUGCUAAAGAAUGUCGACGACCACAUGUUACACAAUUUCAUGAUUCGAAAAUUAAAUUUCCAAUGGUUAAUAAAGCAACAAAACGUUUACACCAUCCACGUUUUACAACACGUCGUCCUCAUACAUAUUUUUAA